AUGUCGUAUCCAUGGGUCGGCGCGCCGGCCGUCUUCAACGGCACCAACGCCGAGACCGGCGGCGAUUCCACAACCGAGAACCUGAACCAAUGGUAUCAAUCGGGCGACCAGGCGUUCAUCAUCGUGGCAUCAUGCAUGGUCCUCAUCAUGGUACCAGGCAUUGCCUUUCUUUACUCGGGGUUGGCACGGCGCAAGUCGGCCCUGUCGUUGAUAUGGGUGUGCAUGAUGUCCUUCAGCGUGAUCGUGUUCCAGUGGUACUUCUGGGGCUACUCGCUGGCCUUUAGCAGCACCGCGACCAACGGCUUCAUCGGCAACUUGCACCACUUCGGCCUGCGCAACACGCUCGCUACACCGUCGCCCGGCUCACCGCUGAUCCCAGAGCUGCUGUACUCCUUCUGCCAGAUGCAGUUCUGUGCCGUGACAGUCGCCCUCGUUGUCGGUGCCACGGCUGAGCGUGGCCGCGUGGUGCCAGCCAUGGUGUUUUCCUUUUUCUGGGCCACCAUCGUCUACUGCCCCAUCGCCUGCUGGGCCUGGAACGUCAAUGGCUGGGCCUUUAAAUACGGCGUCCUCGAUUACGCUGGCGGUGGCCCCGUCGAGAUCGGCUCCGGCGCCUCUGCACUUGCCUAUUCUUGGGUGCUUGGUCGUCGCAACGAGAAGAUGAUGCUCAACUUCCGCCCCCACAACAUCUCCCUCAUCACCCUCGGCACCACCCUGUUGUGGUUCGGCUGGCUAGGUUUCAACGGCGGCUCUGCCUUUGGCGCCAAUCUGCGUGCCACUAUGGCCUGCUGGAACUCGUGUUUGACCGCCAUGUUCGCCGCCAUGACCUGGUGUCUGCUCGACUUCCGCCUCGCCCGCAAGUGGUCGCUGGUCGGCUGGUGCUCCGGCACCAUCUCCGGCCUCGUGUCUGCCACACCCGCCUCGGGCUAUAUCCCACCGUGGGCGAGCAUCAUCCUCGGAGUCAUCACGGGGAUUUCCUGCAACUUUGCCACCAAGGUCAAAUUCUUCCUCCGCAUCGACGACUCCCUCGACAUCUUCGCUGAGCAUGGUGUCGGUGGCAUGGUUGGCCUCUUGUUUAACGGCUUCUUCGCUGCUGACUACAUCAUCGGCCUCGACGGCGUCAACACGGGCCUCGUCUCCGGCGGCUUCCUCAACCGCCAUUGGCGCCAGCUCUAUGUCCAGAUCGCCUAUCUCGUCGCGUGCUCCGCAUACGCCUUCACCGUGUCUGCCAUUCUGGCCAAGAUCAUCGACCUCAUUCCUGGCCUGCAUCUGCGCGCCUCCGAAGAGGCCGAGCUGUUGGGCAUGGACGAUGAUCAGCAUGGCGAGUUUGCCUACGACUACGUCGAGGUCCGUCGCGACUACCUCGCCUGGACCCCUGCCGAGAGGGACCCCAAGCCAAAUGGCGCGCGCAUGGUACCGCAGCAUGGCAUCGAGGGCCACCAGUUGCUCAUGACGAACGGCCAACCGCCACAGGACUCUCAGGUCUCACAUCCGCCGUCUCGUGCAUCGCCAGACCCCGUUUUCGGCCCUAGGGAGCGCGGGAAUCGUGAGAAACCGUAG